AUGCCGCCAGACCUCGACGAGCCACUCUCAACCGCCCUCUCGGCGCUCCGGCUCGAGGCGCUCGCGGGUCCUCUCUCCGCCGCCGGGCUGUGCAGCCUCGAGACGCUCGAGUCAGACGUCCUCGCGUCCCGCACGCACUUCCUGGCGCGGCUAAAGGAGGCGCAGGUCGGCACCAUCCCGCAGCGCCAGGCGCUGGCCAACGGCCUGCUGCGUCGACGGCGCGACGGCGACGCGCCCGUCUGGCUGCGGCCCAGCGACCGCCACCUCCAGCUCUCGGCGUGGCACUGGCAGAGCUACGCGGACGCCAGCCGGCCGGCGGCGGCGGCAUCGGCGCCCGGCGCCUACCUGCGCGCGCGCUGGCGGGCGGCCGAUGGACCCGCCGCGCCCGCGCUGGCCGUGUCGUCGCGCGCCGGAGAGCCGCUGCCAAUGGUGCUGACUGUGCGGUACGCUGGCUGCGCUCCCACUCGUCUCCGGCCGGUGGCGGACGCGGCGGGCCUCGUGGCGCUGCCGGCGCCACCAGCCGAGGAGGUGCACGUCUACGAGCUGACGGCGCUGCGCCUGCUCGCGUUUGGCGACUCCAUCACCGAGGGCGUGCUGUGCCGCACGCGCAGCAAGUCGGACGAGGGCGGCGACCUCGGCUGCAACUCGGUCAGCUCCGCGUGGGCGUGGCUGCUCGCCCAGUCGCUCGGCGCCGACGCCACGGUCGUCUCGUUUGGGCGCUGGACGGUGGCUGGCAACGGCGGCGCGCCCGCCUUUUGCGAGUCGUGGCGCUCCCUCUGCGCGGGCGCGGCGCGCUUUGGCGGCGCGGCGGGCGGCGCGGCGUCGGAGAGCGGCGCUGCGUCGGAGGGCGUGCCCGACCUCGUCCUCGUCAACCAGGGCACCAACGACGCGCUGUGCGGCGCCGCGGACGACGCCGUCCGCGCCGCGGCUCACGCGUGGCUGUGGGGCGCGCGCGCGGCGCUCGGCGCCACGCCGCUGCUGGCGCUCGUUCUCCCGUUCGGCGGCUUCUGCGCGGCCCCGCUGCGGGCGGCGUUUGCCGACUACCAGCGCGGGGCGGAGUGGCUGCGCGCCGUCGCGGCCGCGGCCGACGCCGCCGGGCCGACGGACGGCGGCGACGAGCUGAGCGGCGCGUCGGAGCGAUCGCUCGACUCGAACACGUCGACCGACACGGCGUGCGAGUCGACCGACACGAACGCGACCGAGGAGUGCCGCCGCUUCGCCGUGAGCCCGCCGCGCGACGAGCGCUGCUUGCUGCUCGACCUCGGCCGCGAGGCGCAUUCGUGCAUUCACCCAAGCGGGAGCAAGCACCGCCGGUUGGCCGCCCUCGCAGAGGCGGCCCUCCGCGCAGCGCCGCCUCUGACGCCGCCGACGCCGCGGGUCCGGCCGCCGCGCCGCGCCGCCCACGCCGUCCGCGUGUUUGGCGACUCGAACUUGCACGCGCUGAUCGACGCAGAGGGAGCCGGGUACACCUGCCUCGUGCACGUCUUCCUCGCCGGGUCGGCGAUGGGACUCGCCCGGGAGGACUCGCACUCGGGCUACCGCGCCGCCCUGCUCGACGACCUGCGGCGCGUCCCGCGCGGCGACAGCGUCGUGCUCAAGUUUGGGCAGGUGGAUUGCGACUUUGUGUACUACCUCAAGCUCGUCCACGACGCAUCGCUGACCUUUGAGGCGCACCUCGCGCGCUCGGUCGAGCGCUACUUUGCAUUCAUCGACGGCGCGCUGGCGGCGGGCCACUUGCGGCACGAGGAGCGACAGCGCCUGAGGCGCCCCGUUCUCCGAGAUCCCCUCUCCCCCGCCUCCCGACCGCCGCCCUACGUUGGUGCGCGUCAGGACCUGUACAUCGCCACGCCCUUCCCGACGGGCGUGGUGGACGCCCACUUGCGGGAGGCGCUCUGCUCGCUGCCGCUCAUGGCAAAGGCGGAGCGAGAGGCGUUCCGCAGAGCGCUCGACGACCACCUCUUCCUCCCCACCGAGGCUGAGCGCGUCGCCCACGGGCGCGCCUACUCCGCCGCGCUCGCCGCCGCCGCGCGCGCGCGCGGCCUGCCGCUCAUCGACACGUUCAGCCCGCUGCUCGGCGCCGACGGCCUCUGCCGCGUGAAGUGCGUCGGCGCCAACCACCACCUGCCGCCAGCCGCGGAGCCGUUUGCCGCCGCGGCGCUCGCGCGCCACUGUCUCGGCCGGAGCGAUGGCGACGCGGAGCCGCCUCCGGGGGACCCUGCCGGCGCUCUCGCCGACCCCGCCGGGGGGGGCGAGGCGGUGUCGCCGGCGGGCGGCUUGCAGGAAUCGGAGCCGGGGGGCGGCGGCGCGGCCGCCGGCGACGCCGCGACGCGGGCGGGGGAGGCGGAGGGGGAGGGCGGCCACGACAGGUCGGCGCCGGCGCCAGAGGCUGCUGGCACGGCGGGGGAUGGGCUCUCCGCGGUCGCGGUGCUCGUGCGCGGCCGCUUCUCCGAGCACCGCGCCGAGAGGAGGUACGCGUGGGCCGUGGAGUCGACGGAGGCUACGGCGCCGGCGCGGCUCCAGCGCGCGAUCGACUCGAGCGAGGGCGAGGCGGCGGGCGCGGCGGUCGCCAAGACGGGAGAGGCGGACGCGGCCACGGCCGCGGCGAUGGAGAGGCUGCGGCGGUCGGUGGGCGUCGAGGCGCCGCCCCGCGUGCGAGGGCUGACGGUGCCGCAGCUGAUGCGGACGCCCGUCGCGGGCGCACUCGUGGCGGCAGCGAGGCAGGCGCAGGAAGCGAGAGGGGAGGGAUGAGCAUUGGCCCGCUCAGGAGGACAGGACUGAUAAUACGGCUUUGCCCCGCGCGCCCCUUCCAGCGCCCAGGAGGUGCAGGGCCAGGGGAGGGGAGUCAAAAAUGCACUCUGUGUGUC